GUGGCAGGUACGGCCACAGACCGGCCCUGCGGACGGCCCGGUGCCGGUGAAGGCUCGCUCGCUCCCCAGCCGGGACGAACAGAAGGUCAGUCGUGCGUCGGCCGAGCAGACAGAAGGACGGACCCGACGCGCGGCCCCUGGGGAACAUCGAGCCAGCCGCGACUCCACGUCACCUCAGCUCUCCAGCCAUGUCUACCGCCGCCAUCCGCCUAUCGGUGCUCCUGGCUCUGGUCGGCUGUUGGGCCGGCUCGUCCCAGGCACAGGACACCCUCUGUCGCGUCACUCCCGACGAUCCAGACGGCGACUGUAUCAUCGGCGAGGCCCGGGUGGACUAUCCGACUCUGCUGGCGCGGCCGCCGACAUCCUUCAACUGCGACGAGUACGAGUACCCGGGCCUCUACGCUGACGUCGAGGCGGACUGCCAGCUGUUCCACUUCUGUCCACCGCGCGGCCUGGGCCGAUCUGCAAACGGCGAGGAUCGUCCGGCCGCCUUCCUCUGCACACCCGGCUCACUCUUCAACCAGCAGUACGGAGUGUGCGACCACUGGUUCAACGUGGUCUGCGAGCGGGCACCGCAGUACUACGGCCUCAACAAACUGCUCUACGAGAAGAGCCUCACCGGGGACUGGCUGGUCGGAGACUCCGCGGGCACCUCCGCGUAGGAGGCUAAUCGGUGUCCUGCAUGGUAGAAAUUCAGCAACGCAGCUUCAGCGGGAGUGUAGCCUUCUAGAUUCAUGGACAGACUGUUUUGUCUUUAUAAAGUGAUGCAAUGCGACUGUAGAACUCGAACAGAGCUGUAUAUUCAUCGUUCUAUGUAUGAGGUCACUGCAAGCAAUCUCACAGGUCACAAUCUCUCUCACCCCACGAGCUGAAGAUGUAAGAUAUUAAGUACGUCAUCGUUGUUGAUAUUCAUUCAAUACGCUAUCAAAGCAAAAUAAAUAUUUCUUUAGACCCCUA